GGAGCUGACAAUAAACGCCGCUGCCCUCCGGCUGCUGCUGCUGCUUGCGGGGCGGGCCGGGGCGGAGCGGGCCGGGCUCCUCCUCCUCCUCCUCUUCCUCCUCCUCCUGCUGCCGCAGCCAUGCCGCUGGAUCACCGCCGCCUGCGGGGCCCCGACGAGUCCCAGCCGCCGGCGCUGUGGGCGGCGGGCGCCGAGGAGGACGAGGACGGGGCCGGGGAGGGAGAAGCGGCGGGGCCGCGGGACCCCUGCGCCCUGCGGCCGCUCUUCGCCCGCGCCGGGCUGCUGAGCCAGGCCGAGGGCUCGGCCUACGUGGAGCUGAGCGGCGGCACCAAGGUGCUGUGCGCCGCCUGGGGGCCGCGGGAGGCGGCCGAGCCGGGGGGGACGGCGGCGGGGGGGCGGCUGGUGUGCGAGUUCCGCCGCGCCCCCUUCAGCGGCCGGGGCGCCCGGCCGAGGCCCGGCGGGGCGGCGGAGCGGGAGGCGGAGCGGGAGGCGGCGGCGGCGCUGCGGGAGGCGCUGGAGCCGGCCGUGCGCCUGGCGCGGUACCCGCGGGCCCGCCUGGCCGUCAGCGCCCUGCUGCUGCAGGACGGCGGCUCCGCGCUGGCCGCCGCCGUCAGCGCCGCCUCGCUGGCCCUGGCCGACGCCGGCGUGGAGAUGUACGACCUGGCCGUGGGCUGCGCGCUCUGCCGGGACGCCGGCGACCCCGCCGGGCCCUGGCUGCUGCAGCCCGGCGAGGCCGAGGAGCGCCGCGCCGCCGCCCGCCUGACGCUGGCGCUGCUGCCCGCCCUCAACCAGGUGUCGGCGGUGCUCGGGGGAGGCCGCGGAGGGGACCCCGAGAGCUGGGGGCAGGCGCUGAGGCUCGGCCUGGACGGCUGCCACCGCCUGUACCCCGUGCUGAGGCAGAGCCUGCUGCGGGCGGCGCGGCGGAGGGACGCGGCGCACAGCGCCUGAGGGACGCCCCCGGUGGCGGUGGGGGCUCCUGGAGCCACCCUGAGCUGCCCCACGCGCCUCCGGAGAUCCCUGGAGCCUCCCCUGGUGCCGGCGGAGACCCCCGGGGCCUGCCCGAGCUGCCACCCGCACGACCGGAGAUCUGCAGAGCCACCCUUCGUGCUGCCGGAGACCCCCGGAGCAGCUCUCAGCACUGCCGGAGACCCUCAGAGCCCGGCAGAGCCGCCUCUCGCAUCACCGGAGACCCCUCCAGAGCCACCCCUGGUGCUGCUGGACAAUUCUAGGGGCUCCCCAAGCCGUCCUUGGCGCCACCAGAGACUCCCCACCUGAGCCACCCCUCGUGACGCUGGAGACCCUCAGGCAGCUGAGCCCAACGCAUCCUGCCCGGCCACCCGCAGGCUCAGCACCACCACAAGCCCUGGCACCACAACGUCCCCACUGCGACGUCCCCACCAUGACCACAGUGUCCCGUCACAGACUUUGGCCCUCCGUGACUCCUGCCCGUGGUGCUCCAGGGUGGCAGAGACAUUGUGUUUUGUUUUGUUUUGUUUCGUUUUUUUUUUUUACAAUAAAUUAGGCUUUUCUGGUGA